AUGGAAACCUCAAGGCAGAAACAGCAUGCGAGCGAGCAAAUGCAGCAAAUUCGGGACCUCGAGCUGCAGGUGGCCACCCUGCAGAAGAAGAACGUCGAGCUCCAAAGAGAAAUGCACGAAGCUCUCGGACUCCAGCAAAUCAAAUCGAAAGCUGUCGAGGCUCUCCACAAAGAUCUGCACACCAAAAGUGAUCUCGAGCGUAGGGUGAAUGACUUCCUCACGGCUGUAUGCAACGACAACUUGGAAGCGGUGGCAGAGGAGGUGGCAGUACUACGUAAGAAAUGCUCCCGGUCGGAAGAGUAUCUCGCCGAACUCAAUGAACGUUACCGAAACGCGGAACUCAAGAAUAAGGAGCUCAGCGAGCUGGUGGCAGAACUCAAGUCAGAGCUCGCGGUGCAUGGUUCCGAAAAAGUCCAGGCGAAAAAAGGCGAUAGAGCAGAGGAGUUGAAGAACCUUGUGAAACGGAAUACAGAACUGGAACAGAGCUGCCAACUGCUCGGAGAAUACAAGGAGAGACUUGUCAAAGUUGAGAUCGAGAAGAGGGAUCUGAAAGCCGAGAAUACACAGCUGAAGGGAAAACUGACGAACCUCCAGAGAGAUAAGAAACUCCUGCAGGAGAAACUACUUGUAGUGGAGAGUGAAUCGAGUCAAAAACUCAAAGAUAUGAAAGACGCUCAAGUCCGACAUUUGGAAAUGCUGUCGAAACUACGGAGGAGUCACACAAAGAUCGACUCAAAAUACAAGCAUCUACUGAAAGAGAGAGCCCAAUGGCAAAGUUUAUUCAGAACGGCGAAUGGCGAACUGAGUCGCAGCACAGAAUCACUUGCCUCGAUUAGUUCCGUGGCCUCCUCGUCGGUGAGCCGCACGAGCUUCUUCAGGGACAGUUCCAACCUCGAAGAGUACAAUGUUCAUCUCGAGAGCGAGCUGGUGGCUGUGCAGGAGUCGUUGAAGAUUUCCGAACGGGACAAGGAGCGACUGGAUCGCAAACUGAAAACUCUCGCGGAGCAGGUCGUCGAAGACGAGAAUCUCAUCGCGGAACUCGAUCAGAAUCGAGCUCAGCUGGUGGAGGAGCGGGACUCGCUAGCUGAGAAGUGCGCCUCUCUCGAGGAACAAGUUGUUGUUCUGCAGAGAACCGUGGAGGAACUCCGAGACCAGGUCGACACGGUCCUCUUCGAGAACAACGAAAUAUCCAUGAGAGAGGCUGAAGGACGACAGCAGCAGCUGCAGCAGCGAGAGCUGCUCCCGCCGCCGGAACGACUGAGCGCUUUCGAAGGUCAGGCCGUAUUGGCCGAGAAGCUCCGCAGUUUUUACGAUAAUGUUUUGAAGCAGACGGAAGGCGCCUUCGAGAGGAAAUUGAAUGCUCUCGACUUAAAACUAUCAGCCGUUACGUCCGCAUGCGACAGAUUGAGAUCGGGGCUGAUCUGUGAAAGAGCGGAGAUGCAACAGCUGAAACUGACCGAUGCUGAGCAGAAGAGACAGAUUGAAGUUUUGAAGAACAACGCAGAAUCACUCGCCAAAGAUCUCGGUGCUGAAGUCCGAGAACGGAGUAACUCGGAAAUGAUGAGACUACAGGACGAAGUCAACGCACGUGAAGCCAAGCUUAAAGAUUACGAGAAGAUGCAGAAAGUCCUCAAGAAGGCUCUUGUGGAGAACGAGAAAUUGAAGAACGACGAAAAUCUGCUGGCCGCAAAAAUCGGAGCAGCCGAGGCUCGAGUUGUGGAGCUCGAGAGCCAACUGAAGAGCGAACAGCAGCUCGUCACCGAAAGCAACGGCAAAUUGACCCAUCGCUUGCGUCAGGCCGAGAAGGAAAACGAUCGACUCCAGAGCGAGUUCUCUGAUCUUCAGGCUCAGAUCGAGGAAUUGACUUCGGUUCGGGCUGCAUUGAAGGUUGCGUUGAGCGAAAAGGAUUCGUUCGGAGCUGAAGCCGCUACCAUGGCUCGGCAAGUCGCCGAAAUGGAAGGCGAAGUGUCGCGACUUUCCAGUGAGCUCAAAAAGGCUUCUGCAGAGAAUCGGAUUAACUUGGAUAAACUGUCGGAGAGCGCAACGCAGUCGGAAGCUCUGCGAGUGACAAUGUCUGAAAAAGCUCAACAAAUUGUCAACCUCAUCAAAGAUCUCGAACGAGAGCGGGCCUUAAGAGUCGCUCUGGAGGGGAAAGUUUCAGAAUUGCGCGAUGAGUGUCAGAGACACUUGGAAGAGAAAGAUUCGAAGCUUGCAAACUUCGCGGAGGAUGUCAGGAAUGCGAACCGUGAACUCAACGACGUGCUCCGCGACAAAGCGCGCAGAAUAGAGGAGCUGGAGUCCCAGGUUCGGAGCGCCUCGGAUGCGAAGACCGAAUUGGAGAAGUCUGAAACCAAAGUGCGUGAGCUCGAAAAUCUCGUCGAAGACACUCUGAGAGAAUGUACAUCAUUUGUUGCGAAGCUGAACAUCCCCGUCAAGCCCGGAUUGGAGCUCCGGGAGUUUGUGUCUCAAUUUUCUCGGGCUAUCGAAUCACAAUGGGUGGAGAAAGAGAUCGCGAUAUCGAGCAAAGACGCCGAGCUUCUCAAGCUGAAAUCGGCGCAGGAGCAGAACGCUUCGUUCAACCAAACCAUCGAACAGCUCAAGGAGCAGCUCGAAAAGGACGAAAAAAAUCUCAAAAGAUACGAGGAGAUUUUGACAAAUCAAUCUGAUUGCAUCGAAAAAAUGAAGUCGGAGCGGCAGCAGUUGGAGGAGAGCAUGAAGAACCUGCAGGCGCGAGACACGGAGAUCAUCGAGGAACUCAGGAAAGCUAACGCUGAGACGGAAAAUGAGCUCAAACGGACCAAAGAAACCAUGGAGCAACUGGAAAACUUGAGCUGCGAGAAGGAAUCCUCGAUGAUUGCAUUGCAAGAGCAAUUGCAGAGGAAAAUCCAAGAUCUCGAAGAGAACAACUUGAAGCUCAAGAGUCUGGAUGCGCUACCGAUUAUGGAACAGCGACUGAAUGCAGCAUCGGCGGAAAUCUCAGAAAGCCACAAACAUAUCGAGUCGCUCUCAAGAGAAAUAGCUGAGCGCGACGAGAAGAUUCGAGGCAAGAAUCAAGUCAUACAGGAGCUUGAGACGGAGCUCGGAGAGCGAAUCGCCACUUUCGACGAGAUGGCCAAGGUGUUCAGCAUGAAGGGCGAAGAAUACAAGAAGGUCCGCGAAAGUCUCACCGCUUCAGAGGAGGAGCUCGCUUUGGUAACCAGCAGAUUCGACGCCCUUAAAUCUUCCCUCCUGAAAAUAGUCGAAAAACUCAUACCCGAAGUCGAGAUCGAUUCAGAUCUGGAGUCACUCAGUGAGAAAGCUUUCACGGCUGUUGAAGACCUAUCAAGAAACUCGGAAGAGAAGUUCGCUCUAGAAAAUGAAGUCACUACGCUUCGGAGUCAAAUCACCGAAAUAUCCCGGCUGUCGCAAUCCCAAGAGCUGCGGCUCGCGGAUCAAGCUCGGGCGAUAGAAGAGAUGGAAGGCACCAUCAGAAUGUCCAACGAAUUCUUGGAGAAAAUCCGACAAGAACACACUCAGACCCUGGACUCGCUGGAAGUUGUGAGAGCUGAGUAUUCGGAGUUGAAAAGCAGCUCGGAAGAAGCCCACGAAAAUCAUUCAAUUGAAGUUUCGAACCUCCGGAAGCUGCUGGUGGAGUCUGAGAGCAUGAUGUGUGGUCUCUCCGAACAACGGAACGUAGAGCUUGCCAACCUGAUGGACAAAAUCCAUUGCCUCGCCAAAGAGAACGAACAGAUGGAAAGCCGCGAGAAAGAAUCGAGCGAAGCACACCGAGCCGAGCUCGCAGAACUGUUGUCCAAAAUACAGGAGAACGAAGAUCUCGUGAGAGUCCUUGGGCAGGAGAAGGGGGCCCUCGAGACUGAGCUAAGCAAAACUCAAUCAGAGCUCGAUGCCACCAGGGCCGAUUACGAGGGAAAAGCUUCGGAACUCGAGGAACUCACGAGAGUUCUGGCUUCGAAGCAAUCCGACAUGUCGCGUUUCGAAGAGAAGCUCCACGCCCUCAAGGAUCGCUACGGCGAGAAACUGCAGUCGCUGCAGAAAAAUCUCACGACGCUCCAGGCGGAAAAGAGCUCGCUCACGAACACUGUGUCUCAGCUUGAAACACAGGUGGAAGGCUUGGAGAAUAGGGAGUGCGAGCUCGAGUCGAGUCUGAGGGACAAGUGCGAGUCUCUUGAAGCUAUCCGACAAGAGAUGGACAUUCUCGAGCAGAAGACUCAAGAAGCGUGCUCACAGUACGACGAAACCGAACGCAAACUCACCGAACGCGAAGCCGAAGUGGCGCGUCUUGUCGACGACUUGGCAAAUGCGAAAACAGAACUCUCGGAACGCUGCGAAGACGUUAACUCGUAUCAUGAUCACGUGAAAGCUCUUGCGGAAGAGAAAGUCCGUCACGGGGAAGAAGUGAGGGCUCUGAAGAAACGAAUUGAAGACAACAGUGACGAAUACCAGGCAGAGGCUCUCGAAAUGCAACAGGAACUCUCCAUCAUGACCGAGAGGUACAACAUCAAAUGUCACGAAUGUGAAACGUUGAACAAAGACGUUGCAGUCAAAACCGCAGACAUCGAAGCUCUCAACGGGCGACUCGCUUCGUUGGAAGCAGAAAACUGGAAGAUCUCAGAGUCGUUGGGCGCGAGCCAGAAGCGACUCGAGACUGAGAUUUCCGAACGGAGAGACCUUGCUUCCCAGACUACCCGGCAACUCGAGCUUGAGAAAGCUGAUAUGGAGCAGAAACUAAGAAUUUCCCUCAAGCAGAUCUCAACCCUCGAAUGUUCUGCGUCUCGGAGCGUAGCCGAGUUGGAUCGAUUACAGAAGUUGUUCGAUGAUGAAAAAACGGCACAUAUUUCUUCCCUGCAGAAAGUUGACCACUUACAGAGUCAGUUGGAUGAAGCGACUAAUCAAUUGUCGGAAAUCAAAGAAGCUGCUGAAGGAAUUCGUGGAGGCCUAGAGAAGGAGCUCGCGCAUACGCGUGAGGAACUCGAGCGUACGAGGGCAGACCACGGCGCAGAAAUCGGCGAGAUGGGAGAGAAGUUACGCCUCGCCCACAACGAAAUACAAAGACUGUGUUCGACUUUAUCUCUGGAAGCGGCGAACGCCGAGAGUUUGCGGAAUGAAAUCCUCGAAGGACAGUCUGCCCUCGAGUCGUCGAGGGAGUUAGAGGGAAAACUUCGGGGUGAAUUGCAAUCAAAGUGCGCCGCUCUCGCCCUAUUGGAGAAGGAAACAAAAGAGAGAGUCGAUCAGCAGAUUGAUUUAUUGAAGAAACUCUCGGACGAUCUACAGCUGAGAUGCAGUCAGCUGCAAUUAGAAUACGCGUCCAACCAAGAAUUCGCGCGAAGUUCCAUGCAGGAGAGUCUCGAAGCAAAUAAGAACCUACAGAAAGACCUCUGCUCUCUCCGAGAAGAGGUGGAGAGCAAAAAACUUGUUAUUUCCCGGAACGAGGACGAAAUCGAGGAGCUCAAGAAGCGUUUGGAAGGCGUGAGUGCCGCAGAGCUCGAGGCGAAGAGCAAGAUACAGAGUCUCUCGACUCAGCUACAGACGGAGCUUCAACGCGUGUCGGAGGUUGAGAGAUCCUCGGAGUCCUCGUUGCAUGCGUUGAAGCUCGAACUCGUCACUGCUCAGAAGAAACUUUGCCAAACGUUGGAGGACAGUGAGGAGCAAACUGAACGAUCCGAACGUAGCAUGAGGAACCUCCGGAAAGAAAUCACCGAUCAGAAACUCGCCGCUUCCCAGAGGAACGAUGAAGUAGAAAGCUUGAAGGACCAGCUAAAGCAUUCGGAUUCCGCACAGCGCACCUUGGAGAAACAAAUCGAAGAUUCGAAGCUCGCUCUCGAUGCCCGGACGACAGAGCUGGAAGCAUUAAGACGGUCCUCGGUCGCAUCGUUGAGCGACUUUGAGCGCGAACUGGCGACUACCCGGAAGGAGCUCGCUCGAACAAUCGAGGAGGACGCAGAAAUCAGAAAUCGAUUAGAAUCAGAGUUAGAGUCCCUUCGAGCGCAGCUGAUCGACCAGAAGCUGGCCAUGUCUCAACUGGGUUGUGGAGUGCUGAAGAUCCGCGAUGAGCUCAACGGCCACAAAAACGAAUUUCACGAACUUCGCCACGCUGUAGUUGGACAACAGAAAGAGCUUUCUGCUUUCCUGGUCGACCUGACUGAGAAGCUGUGCGCAAAAUCCUUCCGACGCGACCUCGCAGUCAACCAGCAGAGGAAACAGAGCCGGCUUGUCGACCGCUGUCUCGAGACACUGAAGCAGCAUCAAGUUCUAUCGUUGGCGGUGGCGGCGGCGGCGACGGCUCAGCGACCGGACGACGAGGGCCGGCGCGCACUGGAAUCUCUCGACACAUUUGAUGUGCACUUCCAGACCUUCAACGGUCCUACAGCCCAGUUCGUGGCUGAGCAGCAGGCCUCGUCAACAGCAAUGAUGAAGAAGCUCGCUGCAGCCAUGGAACGAGACGACACCGCACCAGAUUUACACGAUCUGCACCUAAGCAAUGGCGAUACCGCAGGAACGAUCAAAGUUGAUCCCUUCGACACCAUCAAGCAACAGAAAAUUCUCAUCCACGAACUCAUGGCCAAACUCGAGAUGACCAAGAAAGUUCUCGACGGAGAAGUCGGCAGACGGAAAGAACUUGAUGAACGAUUUAAAUCUUGGUCUACUGACACGAGACUCCACAAUGCGCAGGUUUCCUUCAACGUGGCACAGAUGAAUCAUCGCGACGACACGUUCGACAGCGCUCCCAUCAUGGAUUCCCAAAAACAGCUGAUUCCCGAAAGGUCGCUACAUGUGACUCGACAAUUCCCCACAUACGUGGAAAGCUUCAUUCGGUGGCUAGUUAACACAGCUCCUCCAAGACCGGGAGCUCUCCCCCAGAACUGAGUCCUCUGAAAAAGCCGACACCUUAAUCGUCAAGCGCGAACCGGCGUACAAUGGCACCUCUGGCAGGAAAUCGUUCGCACAAGCAUUUACAUGUUUCAUUAUUAUCGAUCCGAGUUCAGAUGUCUCGCGCUCAAUCGCGACUGUUCCACCACGACUCCCUCAUCCAAUU